AUGGAUACUGAGUUGGUUGCUUUGGAGGCUAAUCAGACGUGGGAAGUUACUGAUUUACCACCUGGCAGGCAUUUACAUCAAUUUGAUGUAAAUAAUGCAUUUUUGCAUGGGGACUUAAAUGAAGACAUUUGCAUGAACAAACCUCCCGGCUACAAGAAAGGAUCACCUACUCAAGUUUGUAAAUUACUUAAGAGUUUGUAUGAGCUCAAACAAGCAUCAAGGCAGUGGUAUUCUAAAUUUUCCACUUCCUUACUUGAAUCUGGUUUUUCUCAAUCCAAGGCUGAUUAUAGCUUUUUCAAUAAAGAGACACAAGGUUGUUUUCUAGCUCUACUCGUGUAUGUUGAUGAUAUCAUUAUGGCAAGUAAUGAUCUAAAUUCUAUAAAUGCCUUGAAAACUUUUAUGCAUAGCAAGUUUAAAAUAAAGGAUCUUGGCUCCUUAAUGUAUUUUCUUGGUAUAGAAGUUGCAAGAUCAUCUAAAGGCAUUCAUUUGUGCCAAAGGAAAUACACUUUGGACAUUUUGGUAGAUUCGGGUACUUUGGGCAGCAAACCAACUAAAGUUUCUAUGGAUCAAAAUCUCAAGCUCACUAAGUCCACAGGAACCCCUUUACCAGAUCCUAGUGUCUACAGAAGGUUAAUUGGUCGACUUUUGUAUCUCACCAUAUCUCGGCUUGAUAUUUGUUAUAGUAUCCAGACCUUAAGCCAAUUCAUGGCUACCCCCACUGAUGCACAUUUGUUGGCAGCUCAAAAAGUUCUUAGGUACCUCAAGGGUGCUCCUGGACAGGGCCUUCUUCUCUCUAAUUCUUCUUCAUUUCAGCUUGACGCCUAUUGUGAUUCGGAUUGGGCAUCAUGUCUAGAUACUAGGAGAUCUGUGACUGGGUAUUGCAUAUUUCUUGGCUCUUCUUUGAUCUCUUGGAAGUCCAAGAAACAAUCAGUUGUUUCCCGUUCAUCAGCUGAGGCAGAGUAUCGUUCAAUGGCAACCACCUGCUCUGAGUUAACUUGGCUGAGGUUCAUUUUAUCUGCACUCCAAGUUUCACAUCCUCAAGUUGCCUUACUUCAUUGUGAUAACCAAGCUGCCUUUCACAUAGUUGCCAACCUUGUCUUCCACGAGAGAACCAAACACAUCGAGCUUGACUGCCACUUAAUUCGAAAUAAGAUCCAAGAGGGCAGUAUUUGUACCUGCCAUAUUCUAGGGGUAUUGGAGAAUGAUCUACAGCAGUCCAUAAAGAAGGGAAAGGAGAUACUCGUCAAUGAGGAAGAAUGA